UACACGGAAAUUCUGCACAAAUCUGCUUUAUCUUUUGAAGUCGCCGUAGCCCCAAUUCUUGGGCUAGUCAUUCCGGUUUACCGUCGUCAAACUGGUUUUUCUAGUGCGAGCAUCAAUUUUUACGAGAAACCGAUGGUCGAAACUGAGCCCACUGCAAACAAGUAAGACAUGGCGGCGAAAGGGCCGGCGAAAGGAGACCGUUCGAAAACGCUUGACGAUGCUCUGCUUCGUGUUGUUUCCAACUUUGAAAAUGUGCAUGAUCUGAGCAGGCAGCAGUCGGCUGCUAUUAAGUCUUUCGCAUCUGGGACAGAUACUUUCGUAUCUUUGCCCACCGGGCACGGAAAAUCUCUUAUUUAUCAACUUGCGAUUCCGCUCGUAAAAGAACUGCGAAAGCACUCUGAACUCUGGUAUUCUCUGCCUGUCCGUCCGAUGUUGUUAGUCGUGUCACCACUAACUGCGCUGAUCGAAGAUCAGAUCCGAUCUUGUGAGAUUUUUGGUUUAACAGGUGUCAAGUUCGAGGAAUUUAAAGAUGGCGAUUCCGUCGAUGUGUUGUUUUCUAGUCCAGAGACUUUGGAAAAGCACGACGAAUUUGAUACAAAACCUAUCAUUUUUCAAUACGCAAAUGAGAACCGCUCUAUUCACAUGGUAAUAUUCCUGUCACACUUUUUCAGGGGGACUGGUAGUCAUGGCCAAGCUCCUUUCCGUGCUGCUUAUUCUAGAGUCGGCAACAUAAAAGCCAUUCUGAAAGUUCUAAUGCUUUGCCUUACUGUGACAGCCAGCACAAUGUUAAGGAAAAAAAUCAUUAAGAUGUUAAACAUGACAUCUGUCAAAACCAUCAGGAUGUCACCUGACAAAAGAAAUGUCAAAUACAUUGUCGAAAAGGCUAAGAAUGAACUGCAGGAUACCUUUGGUUGGCUUAUCAGUGAUAUGGUCAACAAUGCGCAUGCUGAAAAAACAGUAGUUUUCUGUCUGUCAUUAAAAGCAUGUGACAUUUAUGACACCUUUCAACACUUUCUUCCAUGCAAAAGUAAAGUGGCCAUGUAUCACUCAAAGACCCCUCAAGACAUUAAGGAUAAUGUUCUGUCUGAUUUAAUGUCUCCCAAUGGAAAUAUUCACCUGGUAAUAGCUACUAGUGCCCUGGGAAUGGGAGUUAACAUACCCAAUAUUAAAAGGGUUGUUAUUUUUGGAGUGCCAGAGAACAUGGAAUCCUACCUUCAAGCAGUUGGAAGGGGUGGAAGGGAUGGGUCUGAUGUUUUGUCUAUAAUAUUUUAUCAUGCAUACCAUUUGUGUCACUGUGAUCCCACGAUGAGGGCAUUUGUUAAAAACAAAGUUAAUUGUAGACAUGGAGAAAUACUACAGUUUGUUAAUGAGAAGAUAGAAAAACCUUCCAUACUGCACAAGUGCUGUGAUGUGUGCAGUAAGCAGUGUAAUUGUGGAGCUUGCCCAGAAGAAAUGUUUAAGAUUUGUUCUGAACUUGACAAUUGUCCAUGUACUUUAGAGAGGCAAGUGAACACGGAUGAAAGAGGGACAUUCACAGAGGUGUUAAAGGAUUUAGCUGUGACCUGUCAAGCCAAUAUUUCAGUUUUUGGGAGUGUUUGUUUUCAGGAUGUUUUAACUGAUGCCAUUGUUUCAGAUUUAGCUGCAGACCUAGAGCAUUUAUUUACUGUUGAUUACAUUUUGCAAAACUUCCCAAUUUUUAAUGAAAAGAUUGCUGCUGAAAUUUUGAUGGUGGUAAAUGACAUAUUCAAUGAUGUUGAAGAGACAACACACCUGAAAGAACUAUGUGAAAUGGACUGGAGUGAUUGUGAAGAGUUUCUGCUAUCAAUUCCAGAGCAAUAUCCACCUGACAGUGAUGAGUCAGACUGUGAUCUUUAAGUCAGGUAAAAGGGGCAAAUGCUAAUAUUUUAGUAUAAUUGUUAAUACUUUUUGUAUUAACAUUUUUUAUCAACAGGGCCACCCAAUGUCAAUAGUCUGUUUUCAAUACAUUAAAA